CGACAUCGUUCAUUUUCUGGAUUAAAUCGAAUAAUUUAUAAAAUUUAAUAGUAAAAUGGAAUGAAUUAGAGAACAAUGAUGAUCAUUAGUUUGUGAUAGUUGUUAGUUCAAGGUGGACAUUUAUUAAGAGCCAUGCUGAACGGCAUGCAGCCAUCGCUAGUUGUUUUAACAUUAAUAUUUGCAUAUUCGCAUACAGUCAAACCUCCUGGAUAUGCGGAACCACAAAAAACAGAUGCAGAUCCGAAUCCUCCAAAAUACGAAUACGGAUACAAUAUAAUCGGAGAUAAAGGAGAAAAACAAGGAAAACAAGAACAAAGAGACGGUAUAUAUGCUUCUGGAAGGUAUUUCGUUCAAAAUAAAGAUGCCAGACAAGACGUUCAGUAUUUCGCCGACGAUUGGGGCUACCACCCAGCUGUAGAAUAUGGCAACGUCGGACCGCACAGCAAAUCAAACGCCAAAUUCGCCCUUGGUCACGAAGCAGUUAUACAACUAAGAAACAAAGAGAACAACCUACCUCAACUUGAAGGUCUUCCAGAUACCGGUCCGUUGAAAAAAGAAGGUACAAAUAUACAAUCGAUCAAAACACAACCACCAAAUUCUCAAUUCACUUUACUAGAAUCGAAUAGUCGACAAACAAACUACGAUCCCAUAAAACAACAACAACAAAUCGUUCUACAACAAUCAGACCAAAUUAUACAAGAAAAACAGCAGAUUAUUAAUGAACAACCACAGCAAAUCGUUCAAGAACAACAGCAGAUUAUUAAUGAACAACCACGACAAAUCGUUCAAGAACAACAGCAGAUUAUUAAUGAAUAUCCACAGCAAAUCGUUCAAGAACAACAGCAGAUUAUUAAUGAAUAUCCACAGCAAAUCGUUCAAGAACAACAGCAGAUUAUUAAUGAACAACCACAGCAAAUCGUUCAAGAACAACAGCAGAUUAUUAAUGAAUAUCCACAGCAAAUUGUUCAAGAGCAACAGCAGGUUAUUAAUAGACAGCCACAGCAAAUUGUUCAAGAACAACAGCGGAAGAUCGUCCAAGAGCUGCCUCAACAAAUUAUCCGAGAGCAACAGCAGAUUAUCCAUCAACAACCACAGCAAAUCGUUCAGCAGAUUAUUGAAGACCAGCAACAAGUAUCUUACGUUUAUAACCAACAACCAAUUGCUUAUUCACAACCUCAACAAGUAAUUGUCCAACAUAUCCAGCAACCUAUUGAAAACGUGAUUUUUCCUCAAUCUACACCAAGUUCUGUAGGUGAAAUUAAAGCGAUUCAUCAAGAAGAUGAGAGAUUACGUGAAUCCGAUGAACGAACAAACACUUACCAACAAUUCGGGGUUAGAUACCAGUCGAAAGAACCAAACAAAUUGAUCACUAAUACCCAGAAUUUGAUUAACGGUCAAGAUGUUUUAGAUAUCAAUAACGCCGUUUCCAGUACUGCUACAGAAGAUUUUAGCUUCAAAUCCACGACUCCUUGUUCUGCUUUUAAAGAUCUAACUAGAUCUAAUUUUGAAGAACAACCAAUAGUGGCAGCAGAAAUAGAAAAUAAUCUAGUAUCGACUACAGAAAGUAUUUUUAAUGAAAAAGAACAGUUUGUAUCGACGAUAGGCAGUACCAACAGUGAUAUAUAUACAACUUUCGAAUCAACUACACCUACACCAACUGUAGUAGUAACUCCAAGACCUAAUCCUGUUACAACUAGAUUAGAAAGUACCAAAAACGACGAAGAAAACUAUCAAAUAAAUAAACAGAACGUUCAAGUUGAAAUACAAAAGACAAUUCCGUACUACUUGGGAAAAUACGAUUCCUCCUCGGGAUAUAUCAGUAUCAAGAACGAAUUAGAACUCGGUAAAACGUUGUUGUACCUUCCCGGGCAAUUGCAAUCUUCAACAGCGAAACCAGAAGUUGAUAAUGACGUUAAUAUCCAGAAACUACCGAAUCCAACAGUUGAUAAUCGAUUCGUAGAGUUAGAUCAACACCAAGUCGUUUUUCAACAACAAUCGGGGCUACUAAAUCAACCUUACCCGAUAAGAGUACCGGUACCAGUUGUAAAACAAGUAACGGUACCAGUACACGUGGAAAAAGUUGUUGAAAAACCGAUACAUAUAACGAAAAUAGUCGAAAAACCCGUAGCGGUACCACAACCUUACCCAGUAGAAAAAAUCGUUGAAAAACCAGUACAUGUCCCAGUACAAAUAACUAAAUAUAUAGAUAGACCUUAUCCUGUUGCAGUUAGAGUACCUUAUCCUCAACCGUAUCCUGUUGAAGUUAGAGUACCGGUACAUAUCGAUAGAAUAAUAGAAAAAAAAGUACCAGUACCUCAUUACAUAGAAAAACAAGUACCAGUAGAAAAGAUAGUCGAAAAAAAAGUACCGCAAUACGUGGAUAGACCGUAUCCAGUACAUAUACAAGUACCUGUACCCACUCCAGUGGCGGUACCUGUUGAUCGUAUAAUAGAAAAGAAAAUUCCAGUACCACAUUAUAUAGAAAAACAAGUACCGGUUGAAAAAAUAGUCGAAAAACCAGUACCGCAGUAUAUCGAUAGACCUUACCCAGUACCACAACCUUAUUAUAUAAGAAUAGAAGUACCAAGACGUUACCAAAUGGUUAAAUACAUACAAAAACCUUACGCGAAUUGGCCUUUACGUAAUGAAUGGAAUUAUCAAGUUAAAACGAAUUUAGAACAAUUUCAACGGAAUAUUAAUACCGAAGUACAAACGAGGUACUUAAAUAAAGAAAAAACCGUCGAGGAAAGUAAUUCGGACGGUUAUCAUUAUCCUAAUCCAUAUACCUACGCGCCUAAAUUUUAUUUGCCGCCCAAACCAGAUUUGGUUUUGAAUAAAGGAUAUUUACCUCCUUUAAGUCAUAGUUGCGAUCAUGGUGAGGGGAAAGAUAACCAUAAUUAUGUUGGUUUAUCGCCACCGAAAGCAGAUGAGGGAGUUUCGAGGAAAUACCGAAGCGCUAGAUCGAACUUCAACGACAAAAAUAUUAAAAUGGAAUAUGGAUUUAUGCCGCCUCUAGUUCCGUCUUUGGAAAUCGACGAGUAUGGACAACCGGUGGAAAAAGAUGAGAAAUAA